UUUCCCAACUAGUAGAUGCUAGAACAAAAGAAGAAUUAUUGUGAAUGUCCACUUGGCAUAAAUGAUACCCUCAAGAACCUUAUCCGUAAUCACAUAUAUGUAACAUCAACUUUUUUCCACAUCCAAAUCUUGUCAUAAAACUCUACCAAUUUCCCUUUCAUAUGUCACAAAAUAAAUCCAAAAACACAUUCCCAGAUCACCAUUGCAGCAGAAAAUAACAGACUAGUUUGAUUUCAAGCAAAACAAGAAAAAAGAAAAACAAAAGAGUGAUCAAUGGCUUGCUCCACUCAAUGUUUCUUGCACUAUCAUCUACUGUCUAAAACUCCCUUAGUAACAUUGAAGGGUGUUUCAGACCUCAAGCCUAACAAAUUGGUCUAUCUUGCCCAAAGAGAUCAACAAGAUAAUGGCAAUAAUGUUUUUGUCUCUCGUAGAUUGGCUCUCACUAUCCUCUUUGGUGCUGCUGCUAUUGGUUCCAAAGUUUCCCCUGCUGAUGCUGCUUAUGGGGAAUCUGCAAAUAUUUUUGGGAAGCCAAAGACAAACACCGAUUUCUUGCCAUACAACGGAGAUGGAUUCAAGCUGCAAAUCCCAUCCAAAUGGAAUCCCAGCAAGGAAGUAGAGUACCCUGGCCAAGUUCUCAGAUAUGAAGACAACUUUGAUUCUACCACCAAUGUUAUUGUCACAAUCACUCCAACAGACAAGAAGUCCAUCACUGACUAUGGCUCCCCAGAACAGUUCCUCUCUCAAGUGGACUUUCUACUGGGGAAACAAGUGUACUUUGGCAAAACUGAUGCGGAGGGUGGAUUUGAAUCAGAUGCAGUAGCCACUGCAAACUUAUUGGAGACAUCUAGUGCAACAGUGGGAGGGAAACAAUAUUACUACUUGUCUGUAUUGACAAGAACUGCUGAUGGAGAUGAAGGUGGGAAGCAUCAGUUAAUCACAGCCACAGUAAAUGAUGGCAAACUUUACAUUUGCAAAGCACAAGCUGGUGACAAGAGAUGGUUCAAAGGAGCUAGAAAGUUUGUGGAAAAUGCUGCAAGUUCCUUCAAUCUUGCUUAAAAAUGCAGAGUAUGGUGUAGAAUUGAGUUCUGUCACGACCCGAACCGGGGUACUGGCCGUGACGGGCAUCCCGAACCAUGAAGGCCCGGGAGACCCCUUAGCAUGUAAUCAUAAGCAUAACUCAUAUGAAAUAAAAGUGUGGAAGAUAAACUGAAAAAAUGAUAAUCCCAUAAUCAAACUAAGUAUUUCAUGAAAACAA